AUCUGCGAGGAGGCAACUGCAGAUCUAAGGGACGCGGGGAUCAGAGAGCCAGCGCAAGCAAGCAGGCGGUUGCUUUACUUUCAAACUAACUGUGACCCACAGCAAGUGAGGAAAAGGGGGACAUCAUGGGACAGGGCAGCCAGCAUUCGGGACCUGGGCACUGAAUCAAUGGGACUGGGAGAGUACCGGAUUGUUUACUCCUUUGGAUCGGCUUUAAUUUUGGAGUCCUUUUCUACAUACCAGCCUGGACCAUGCCCUUCUAUAAGCGGACUCUGGAACCGCAGCUGCUCUGCAGGCAUGCCAUCCCCAGCGAGGAGGGGCGGCUGUACGAGGACCUGUCCUCGGUGGGCAGCGUGGCUCUGUGCCGGACCCUGCGGCAGCUCUCCGACCUGGCGCGGCACGCCUGCUCCCUCUUUCAGGAGCUGGAGAACGAGAUAAAAGCCGGCAGCCAGCGGGUCUGGGCACUGCAAGGCAGGCUCAACCGAGUCCACCAGGAUGUCAUCACUAACCUGGAUCCGAAGCAGGAGGCAGUGCCUGUUUCAAACCUUGAUGUGGAGAGUAAACUGACAGUACAUUUCCAAGCACCAUGGCAGCAGCAGAGAACCAUGUUCCAGCCUUCAUCCAGGCCUCCUUGUCUUGAAGAGAUGCACUUCCAUGCCAAACAGCACCUCAGGGCACUGCUGAGAGAGCACCGACAUCGAAGUGGCAGCCGAGAGCGGAGACUCCGAUAUCUCAUGACAGUGGCUCCAGUUCCUCCCCCUAUGCCCACUUGCCCCUCACCUCGCAGCCACCGCAGGCUCCAACAACAGAAAAAGAAGCGCCUUCUAAUGUCUGAGAGUACUCGCCCGUCCUCCCCUACCGACUGUUGCCAUAUGACCCCGUGGAGUAGAAAGUCCCUUCCACCAGAAGAGGGAGACACUGAUGCAGUUACGCUGGGUAUGAGGCCGAAGAAUCCAAUUCCUAACGUCCCAUCUACAUUGGAUAAGCAAACGAACUGGAGCCAAGCACUACCUCUCCCAACUCCAGAGGAGAAAAUGAGACUGGAUUCCCAAGUUAUUUCUUCCUGCAUUAUUCCUAUCAACGUCACGGGAGCUGGCUUUGACAGAGAAGCUAGUAUUCGCUGCUCACUUGUUCAUUCACAGUCCGUACUGCAGAGAAGGAGAAAAUUAAGGAGAAGGAAGACCAUUACAGGCAUUCCUAGACGAGUGCAGCAGGAAAUAGACUCUGAUGAAUCUCCAGUGGCUAGAGAACGCAAUGUAAUUGUACAUACAAAUCCAGAUUUCCCCUUACAUCUCGAGGAUCCAAACUCCCUUGGCAGAAGAUCAGGUACAAAGGACUCUGAGUGCCAGACAGACGAUAUCCUAAUUUCAGCACCAUCCAGAAGACGAAUCAGAGCCCAGAGAGGUCAGGGUAUUUCUGCCCCUUUAUCUCAUUCUGCAGGGAAUAUCACAGCACUGCCAGACAACUCAGAGAAUAUGUUUGAAACAGCUAUAACUAGACGCAUUCGUUCACGCAGCCUCCCUCGUGAAGGUGCUAGAGUCUGUGAUGACGAUCAUAAUAUUGGUGCUAAAACUGCAACUUAUGAACCUGAGAGCUUUUUGCCAAGCAUUCAGAAAGAAAGCAAAGAAGUUGCAAAUUACCAGGGUUCACAGGAACUCCAGCCAGUAGGCCUCAAUUGCUCAAAACAUGAGCACAGCCCAGAAAGCAACUUAAAUGAAAGAGGAAGGUCAAGGCUUUCAAGAAUGACAGACAUGGGAAGCUGUGAGAUAUCAUCAAAUUCUGAUACUUUUGGAAGCCCUGUCCAUUCUAUUUCAAGCACAGGUGUUCUUCUUACCAGUCAAAUAGAUCAGAAAGAUGACCAUCAGUCAUCCAGUGGAAACUGGAGUGGAAGUAGCUCAAACUGCCCUUCACAGACAUCAGAAACUGUCCCACAUGCUGCUUCUCCACCACUAACAGGAUCCUCUCACUGUGACUCAGAGUUAUCACUGAACACUGCCCCCCAUGGUACUGAUGAUUCAAAUGUUUUUUUAAUAGAUCAGUUUUCUGAUCAUACAGAUAAGGUCAGAGGUCAUAGAGCAAGUUCUUUCACCUCUACAGUGGCUGACUUACUGGAUGAUCCCAGCAGUAAUGUAAGUGACAGUGAGUGGAACUACUUACAUCAUCAGCAUGAUGCAUCUUGCCUUCAAGAUUUCAGCCCUGGACGGUCGCGAGCCAAUAGUUUGGGUUGUCCAAGUUUUACAAGCAUGGCCACAUAUGACAGUUUUCAAGAAAAACUGCCUUCUGAAAAGGCAGACAGUAGUUCCCAUUUUUCUGUUGAUACAGAAGGAUAUUACACCUCCAUGCACUUUGACUGUGGUCUUAAAGGUAAUAAACAUUAUCUUUCCAACUAUGCAUCAGCAGGGUCUGAAAGCAGCCAGAGCACAGAAAAUUCCUCCAAUCUUAGUGACAGCACAUGGCAUGAUUACAUAGACAAUAGAAGGCAAGGAAGACAAAAUAUCUCUCUUAAAAAACCAAAGGCAAAGCCAGCCCCACCAAAACGCAGUUCGUCUUUGAAGAAAACUGAAAGUGGUAUUCUUGAUAAGAAAGAGCCAAAGAUAAACAGCAGACAGCAGAUGCCUCUAAUUUCCAGAGAAAUGAAACUGCAGCUUGAUUUGUCUAGUGCACCUGGAAUACUAGAAGAUACCAGCUUAUCUGAUACUCAAGAACUUCCCUGGGACACACACAAUGAAGAUGAGACAAAGGCACCUCAUUUCAGCUCUGUUGAUACAAUAUCAUACAAAGAAGAAGGGGCUGAACAGUCUGAUUAUGCACAUCUCUGGCUACUCAAUGACUUGAAAUCUAAUGAUCCUUACAGAUCUUUAUCCAACUCAAGCACUGCUACGGGUACUACAGUGAUUGAAUGCACAAAAUCACCAGAAGGUUCAGAAUCUCAAACAUCACAAUCAGGAUCAAGAGCAACUACACCCUCUCUGCCUUCAGUCGACAAUGAAUAUAAACUAUCCUCACCAGAAAAGAUUGCUAGUUUGGCAUCACCGUCUAGUGGAUAUUCCAGUCAGUCUGAAACACCAACCUCAUCCUUCCCAUCGACUUUUUUUUCUGGUCCCAUCUCUCCAAGUGGUGGGAAAAGGAAACCAAAGGUACCAGAGAGGAAAUCUUCCCUUAAACCAUCCUCCACAAAAGAUGAAAAUGGAGCUGCGAAGAAAGACCUUGAGUUGCCAAUUAUACCUCCUACCCAUCUUGACCUAAGUGCUCUUCAUAAUGUAUUUAGCAACAAAGCUUUUGCACACAGGCAACAAUUGCUUGCCGUGAAUCAUGCCAAGCAAAAUACACUGGGUAAUCCGCUGAGCACAAAUACAUCAACAUUGCUUGCUAUUACUCCUCAAGUUCUGAAAUCUGUACAGCUUCGAUCUGUUAGCAAACCUGGUGAAAUCAAACAAGAAGGGCGAGAAGGUGAAGUUGAAGUUGUGCAAUCAUCAUCUGGUAUAGCAGCUCUCACUUCUCCAAACAGGAAUAAACUAUCUGCUGUUAAGAAACCAAUAAUGCAGCAGAACUCCUUAGAGGACUCUGUGCCAUCUUCAGUUGAACUAUCACUAACUGCGCCAAGUCCAGAUGAUAAACAAUUAGACAUCAGUACGUGUGCUAUAGAUCAAGAAGAAUUUGCUUUGGUACCUUUAGACAAGCCUAGAGGGGACUACCCGAUAAUGUAUGGAGAACUUCCACAUCCAAGUGUGGUAAGAAAAGACCUGGACAGUUUUAUUAGUGAUUCUCAGAAAGGUUUACUGAUGAUCACUAGUAAUUAUGAAUACAAAGCAAAUAUUCACACAAUAGAAUCCAAUAAAACAUUUUGUAAACCAGAACUUGGAAAGGAUGUAUCAGCAGUGGAUACACAAUAUCUCGAUAUUGAAUUUAUUGAUGAAGACUCACCUAUGGCUAGUCCACAAGAUAGUUUCAGUACUUUUGCCAGUGGAGUGAAAUAUGAGCCCAAUAUGGGAACCUGGGAUAAGAAUGAAAAAGUGCCUGGGAAUAAGGACUGUCAAUCACAGAUAUCAAGUGCAAACCCACUCAGCGAAAACUGUUCAGAACAGGAAUUAAUAACAUCAGGGACUCUGACCAGAAGUGCCUCUGAUGAUGAAGACAAUGUUAGUGAUGAUGAUGAAGUUGAUGAGGAUGAGGACGAAGACGACGAUGACGAUGAUGAUGAUGAUGAAGAAGAAGAAGAUGACGAAGACAGAUCUGAUAGAACAGCAACACAACCAAGCACAGAUUAUGUGAUUUCCAAAGACUCUUCACAGAGUGAUGACUCCCUGAUUUCUCCUUUGAGUGAAGAUUCCCAUUCAGAAGCAGAUGAAGUCUUUGCAUCACAAUGCAGACCACGCACCACAGAGGAUCUUUUUGCAGUUAUUCAUAGAUCAAAAAGGAAAGUUCUUGGCAAGAAAGAUUCUGGCGAAAUGAUGAUGAGAAACAGAUUGAGGGCUUUAUCUGGUAAUAAUGCUGCAACUCCACCAAGCUCUCACAGACAGCCUGUACCUAUUUAUAGGAAUGUUAAAAAGUCUAGCACGUCCAGUGAGGAGUUCAAAUUGUUACUCCUCAAAAAAGGCAGCAGAUCAGAUUCUAGCUAUAGAAUGUCUGCCACUCAAAUACUGAAGAGCCCUGUCACACCAAAAUCCCCUGGUGAAUUUAAUGCUGAUUCCCCAAAGACUUCUGAUGAUUCUCUUCCAUCACCUGGUUUAUCUGACAUGCCAUCCCCACUUUCACCAUCUUCACCAAGAGUAAAUACUGAAGGAUUUUCGCCGAAGAGCUUUUCAUUGUCAUCAUCUUCUAGAAUUGGUCGCUCCAGGGUACCACCUGCAGCCAACAGCAGUCGUUACAGUGUACGCAACAGACUUUACAGUACACCAAUGCAGGCAAUAUCUGAAGGGGAAACUGAAAACUCUGAUGGCAGCCCUCAUGAUGACAGGUCUUCUCAAAGUUCAACGUAGCUUUGUAUAAGCUAUAAAACAAUUAUUCUUAAAGGCCUUUAAAGGUUUUGGACUACCUGGGUAUUUGCUUUAUAAGCUAAGCAAAAUACAUGUAGAGCUUAGUUUUUACUAAGCUUUUGCACCACAGCAAAGUUUGCACUUUUUAAAUGAGGAAAGUAGCUAAUGUUUUCAGGAUAACUACAGAUCUGUGGCAGUAGUGGAUGGUUUUGCAGCAGAGCAGAUGACAGUUCAGGUGACAGGGCAGUCAAAGAGUACAUACGUAAUGCAGCAGAAGUAACAGUAUUCCUUAAAAUACCUGCAGCAGGAACAAGGGACUAGUAAGGAAGGUGUAUAAACCAGUCUAGCUGGGGUAAUGAGAGGAAUGUAACAGCAAAAAGGGAAACAUGUUCGGGUUGGAGUUGCACCAUCUUUGAAAAUACAGAAAACAGAAGGAGUACAGCAUAGUGUAGCUGGUUACAUUCCAUUACUAUAGAUAAGUACAUACCUCUGUGUGUGUAAGUAUGUGCACGUGGGGGGAGGAGGUUAUCACAUGAUUACAUAUGAGUACAACUAAUAUGCAUUUCAAUGAGACUCGUUUCCUAGAAACAAACACAUCAAAUUCAAAAUAUCAUAAAAUUAAAAAAAAGUUUUUUUUUUCUUUUUGUAAGAGAUAAACCCCUCCAUACAUCCUAACUGCUGUAUCUCUAAAUAUACCCUUUUCUUUAUUCCCACUGUUUUGCAGUUUCCCUUCAUCACAAAGCACUGAAAUGGGAAUCGGCAAAAAAUAUUUGAUUACUAUCUUGCAUCUUGUUGAACUAUAACUUAAUCAACUGUAAGGUUUCCAUAC